AUGGACCUCCUCGCCGAACUCGAGAGCAUGGCUCUCAAUAUUUCAGAUGUAAAAGACACGACAUCAGAAGCCGACAUUGCAAGAUGGCAGCGGUUAUUUGGCUACGGCAGGGCAGAGGCCGUUCGCCGAAUGGAAGAGUACCGGAGCGACUAUUCCAGGACUAGGAUAUCUGAUGAACUGUGGGCUACAGUUCGAUCCCAAAAAGAGGCGGAAGGAUACGACCGUGAAGCAUACGAGUAUGCGCUCAAAAAUCGGCAACAAGCCCGCGGCUCAACUGCCGCCCCAACUGUGUCGGGCACGUUCAUCGUGCAGCUCAGGGGGCCGCUCGACUCCCCAGAGAAGAUCAAGGAUGCUGUCGGCCUAAAGGAGGCUCCAUCAGUGGCGACAGGAGCAGGUGAAGAUGGACAAGCAGAUUUCUGCCAGAUCGAUGGCGCGACGCGAGCGAAGCUGCUUGACUGGGUCGCAGAGCACCAUAGCGACUACCAACCUACUAUUGUUCGCUUGACAAAGGCGAAGAAGAGUCUCUGCACACAGAGCAUCGCCCCGACCCUUGGGCGGGACUCGACAAUGCCUCAAAACCGACUAGACGACCCAAAGGACAUCCCUCGGCCAUUGCAGGACGAAUAUCCGGUGUGGUAUUUCUUUUACGGUACCCUGGGCGAUCCCGAGGUCCUCAAACACCACCUCAACUUGGACACAGAACCUUCUCUUGUACCAGCCCAUAUCGGAGGUGGUGAAGUUCGACUCUGGUCAGGGAAAUACAAGGCGCUCGUGGACUCGCCAGGAACGGCCAAAGUGUUGGGAAGCGCGUUCCUCGUUCGGUCCCGAGAUGAGGAGGAUGCGCUGCGGUUUUACGAGACGGACAAGUAUGAAGUUGUACGAUGCCGCAUUUUCACAAGGCAGGGUGAUCUCAUGGGGUUGACAUUUCGUUUUCAUGGAGAUUCAGAGGAUUUAGGAUAG